CCACCGCCCCUCACGGUUCCCGCCCGCCCCUCGCCGCCGCCGCUCCCGAUCGCCCCUCCCGCGCGCACCUCGCGCUCAGGUGCCGUCCCCCCGCCGCAGACGGCACCGCUCUCCGGCCCCGCCAUGGUGCGGCGAAGGCGCGUCUCGCCGUUCUCGCCGCUGGGCGGGCGCCCUCCUGCAGUCAAAGCUGGAGGUAUGAGAGUGUCUCAAAAGCAAGAACAUGGACCUGUUGAGAAAAACACUAAACCUCCAGGAAAAGAAAAAACAAGUGCUAUUGCUAGUUUUUCAAAAUCUCAGAACAUGGGCGUCUUGCUAGCAGAAGUGCUGAGCAAAAUGAGCCACAAAAUUCAUGCAGCAGCAUUACAAGUGACUCACCGAAAACCACAGCCUGCCUUGGAGAAGUUCGUACUGCCUAAAAGAAUUUACAUUAUUCAACAGCCACGGAAAUGUUAAGAUACUCAUUAAAAUACUCAUGUUUACUUAAAAGUGAGUUUCUAUUCUAAAUAGCACACUGUUGUAAAAUGAUCAAAAGCUAUGUGCCUUGUAUCUUACUGUAUUUCUGUUACUGCCAAUAAAACACUUUAUAAGAAGAGUUGCUAAAUGAACUCGGGAUUUAUUAAAAUAUCAUGGCUCUGUCUAACCCGG